AUGCCACACAACAUUUUUGAAGACUUGUUUGUUCAUAGCAAGGGUUCCUUUGUGUUUGGCUUCAAUGCUCACUUCCACAUAAUGUUUUGUGACCAAGUGAAGCUGCAUGCGAAUGGUUUUGGUGAGAAGGGACACAUUGUCACACAUCGGCGACUCACAUUGACCAAAACGGUUGCAGGUUUGCCCUCUAACAUCGCUGUCGCACACCACCGCCUACGCUGCCCCGUACCACCACCGUCGCUGCACCAUAUUACCACCGUCGCUGCCCCACACCACUAUCAGCGACACCCCAGAUUUCACAAAUUUAGACCCAGAGAACUUGAAUCAUCAGUUUGCAGCAGUUCUGCAGCAAUACUUGUAAAUUGUCCAUGUGCAGAGCUCAAGUUAAGCUCCAACUUAGAUACCCUUUCCUCUUCUGAAUUCUAUGACCCUGUCCAUAUUUCUCUUCUGCGCGAGUUAGAACUCAUCAAGAUCUGUAAUGGAAGUAUUCACCUAUUUGGGAUGGAAUUUUCCUGUUCUCAAUUUGCUACUUAG